AUGGCCACCUCCACCGAUGAAGCCUUCUGGCCCCCGAUCGGGUCGAUCUUUGACCUGACCUUGAAAUUUGAGGAGAUUAUUUUCAGCAUCGCUUUCUCAUCUGCUGCGGUUGCUCUUUUUCUAUUCUUGUUUCGCCAUUACUGCCAACAACCUGUCUGCGCUCGUAAUGGCAUGCUGCUGUGGGCAAAGCUUGCCGCGACCGGCGUCAUUUUUGCUUCGCAGAUGGCUACGCUGAUCUUUUGGGCUAUCGCAACACACCACCGCACAAAAACAGCAAUCCCUGCCGCGUCGGUCGAUUUAGUCGCUGCCGCAUGCUUGGCAGGCAUCGUUUAUCUGGAGCAUAGACACUCGAUUCGCUCUUCUGCAUUUACUGCCAUCUACCUGCUUCUUAGUAUCGCCUUCGAAAUAGUCAAGGGUCGGUCCUUUUUCUUGCGCCCAGGAUUGAUCUUGCUCGGUGACAUGGCGGAAGUGACUGCUGGAAUGAGGCUUUUGCUUCUCGCUCUACAAGAAUUAUCAAAAAGGUCACUUCUUAUUGAUGAUGCUUUACGUCAAAACAGUGGCCUGGAGACAACCAGCGGCUUCAUCAGUAGAGUACUCUUUCUCUUCUUGAAACCCAUCUUCGCCACUGGGUUCCGGACAGAACUCCUAAUGCGCCACUUGAGUCGACUAGAUCCCGAACUUUCUUCAGAAGUGCUGUAUCGCAAAUUGGAGCCAUACUGGCGGCCUCGUCGGACAAAUCCAUCCUCAAACGAGCUGCUCAAAGCGUCCUUCAAGGCUUGGAAAGGCUGCGUCGCCGGACUGGUUUUCUCUAGACUUGUUGUCACCGCAUUCAACUUCUCACAGCCAUUUGUCCUACGUCGUGUAAUCGACCUAGUGGAUAAGCCCACUGAAGGACAAAAUGACAUGAAGGAACGUGGCGGCGUGCAAGCAGCUGCCACCUGUAUGUUCGUCGGGAUUGCACUGUCACAUACCACCCAUGCACAUUUAAUGAAUCGCUUUGUCACCCGUUUGCGUGGCGGCCUUGUCGCACUCAUUAUACACAAAGAGCAUACGAUUACAGAGGCGGAGGCGAAGCGCUCAGCAGCUGUCACACUCAUGAGCGCUGAUGUUGAUGGAAUCACUACUGGUAUACCACAAUGCCUACAAAUACCCAUCGGCAUCCUGGAGAUAGUACUUGGUAUGUACCUGCUAUCGCAAUUCAUCGGUAUCUCCGCUUUUUCAGUAUUUGGUCCUCUUGUUAUCAGUACCGUUAUGGCAUACUUUAUCUCGCGGCGAAUGGCAACAAGACUCUCUGAGUGGAAUAAAGGUAUCGAGAUCCGGGUUGCGAAAACGGCCAAGAUUCUGCCGCAAAUAACAGCCAUCAAGAUGCUCGGCCUGGGACCCACGGUCGGCACCUUUCUACAAUAUCUUCGAGACCAGGAGAUCACUAUUUCAAGAAGUUUUCGACGUUUUCAAGCCCUGGGUAUGGGGCCCAUUCUAGUUGGUGAUCUGAUGACACCUGUGGUCGUCAUUGCAGCAGCCUUAUUUGGGCCCUCCUUCCGUGGUCAAAUGUCCGCCGCAGAAGUCUUUCCUAUUUUAACAGUUGUGUCGAUCAUCCAAAGACCUCUCCUAGCCGUGUUGGAAACGUUCUCAAGAUGGGGGAACAUGCUGGCAUGCUUCUCUCGCAUCCAGAAGUUCUUGUGCCUCCCGGAGAAGAGAGACCCAAGGUCAGAAACCGUCGCAACACCGGCCUCAUCUAGCACCAAAGGCCCAGAAGCUAGCCUUGCUUCGAGCGUGGUCCAAUUUCGACAGACUGAUAUUGCCCCGCUUGGAAUGAAAGAGCCGUUGUUGCGCCAAAUUAAUUUUGACAUGGCGCCAAGUUCCACUACAGGUCUCGUUGGCCUUACAGGUGGUGGCAAGUCUACCAUCGUACAAGGAAUACUGGGCCAAAGUGAAGUUUUGGGCGGCUCAAUAUAUGUCAAAACUGAUGAGAUUGGAUACUGUGGCGAAAAUGUCUGGCUACGGGAUACCACAAUUCGCGCAAACAUCAUCGGAGACCUAGAGUUUAACCAAGCGAGGUUUACGAGGGUCAUCAGAGCAUGUUUUCUUGAAGAAGAUCUAGAGUGGCUACCUGGUGGCGUAGAAUACGUUGUUGGCACAAAUGGGUCAAAUCUGAGUGGCGGUCAACGACAGCGUGUCGGAAUUGCGCGAUCUGCUUAUGCAGAGUAUCGGAUCACGAUCCUCGACGAUGCCUUCAGUUCUCUUGAUCAUGACACUGCCAUUCACAUCCUCCACCAUCUGGUUGGACGUGAUGGUAUUUUCCCGCAGGCUGGAUGCAGUGUCUUGAUCGUCACCCAUCUGCCAGGCUGCUUGGCUCUGGUUGACCAGCUGCUUGUCCUGGAGGGAGCCAGCUGCACUGUUCUGAAAGAAAAACGUGAUAUUGAUAAAUAUCGGGGGAGACUCGGAAGUACCAUGGCCACACUCAGCCGCAAUGUUGCUGUCAGAGAAGAACGAAGGGAACAGCGCGCACUCCGCACAUCUUUGGAAGAAAAUGCCGCUGUUGUGGCAUUCAGCAACGCCGCACUCCGCCAGCGAGGCGACAUACGUCUCUAUAGUCUGUUCAUUCAGCCUAUCGGUUGGGUUAAAAUGGGUCUAUACACUAUUUUUACCUCUCUAUUUGCUGCCGGAGAAGUUGUUCCCGAAAUCUAUCUUCGAAUAUGGAUUGAAACCAACCCCGACAAGUCUGAGCUCUUCAUUGGCUAUGCCAGUGUUGUGGCCGCUACAUGUGCUACCGGCUGCUUAGUAUACUGGUUCUUAUACGCAGAGCUAUCUCCCCGUGCGUCGAGCCAGCUGCACCAACGGCUUGUAGAUAGCACUAUGGGGUCAACACUCAGGUUCUUGAGUACAACAAAAACGGGAGUACUGUUGAAUCAAUACAGCCAAGACAUGACCUUAUUGUCGAGGAAUCUCCCUGCGGCAGUUCUCAGAACUAUUCAUUGUGGCACCAAUGCGAUCAUCCAGAUUGGUAUUAUUCUCGCCGGCGCAACUUACCUGGCUGGCACCCUCCCUGCUAUUUUGAUCGCCUUAUUUUUCAUCCAACGAUACUACCUACGCACGUCGCGGCAGAUACGCCUUCUGGAUCUUGAGGCAAAGGCGCCACUGCAUACAUACUUUGAGGAAACAGCUGCUGGUCUGACACAUAUUCAAGCCUUUCACUGGCAAGACCAAAAUAUUGAACGUGGAAUUUUACUCCUGGAAGAGUCUCAAAAGCCUUUUUAUGUCUUCUUGGCUGCUCAACAAUGGCUGGGCAUGGUUCUUGGUCUUUUAGCCGCUGCUCUCGGUACGUUACUUGUGGCACUGGCUUUGUUUAUAGACCAGAGCUCCUCCUCGCCUGCUAUUGGUCUCUCCUUUAUGGGACUGAUCUACUUGAAUAUUGCCCUCCAAAAUACGAUGGUGGCCUGGACGGAGCUCGAAACAUCUUCUGGGGCAUUGGCAAGGCUGUCCCUUUUUCAAGAGCGGACGCCGCAAGAAGCACGGCAGACCGGUGAGGGAUUGCCUAGAGAUUGGCCGUCGAAAGGUCAGGUCAAAAUGAGGAAUGUUUCUGCCAAUUAUACACCCGAGAUUGACGAUUCUCAGCCUGCACUUCGGAAUGUGUCUUUAUUAAUCUCGCCGGCUCAGCGAAUCGGCAUUAUGGGCCGCAGUGGGAGCGGUAAAAGUUCUCUGUUCCUAACCAUGCUGGGAUUUAUCGCUUAUGAGGGCGAAAUUGAGAUUGACGGUAUCAACAUCGCGUCCAUCUCCGUGGACGAUUUGCGAUCACGCAUCGUUUCAAUUUCCCAGGACCAGGUACAAUUUGAUGCCACCAUUCGAACCAAUCUACUGCCAUUUACGAUGAACGAUUCGUCUUCGAAAAUGGACGAGAAAGACAAAAAGCGGGAUCUGGGCCUUGAGAAGCUACUGAAGAGCCUUCAAAUAUGGACACCGCUUGCUAAAAAGGGGGGACUUGACGCUAUGCUAGAUGGCAUUGGCUACUCGAAAGGCCAGAUGCAACUCCUGUGUAUCGCCCGAGCCAUCCUACGGCAGCAGGAGACUGGGAGUCGACUGGUAUUGUCAACAGAGUGA